AUGCCAGGCCAGUCAGCCCCGCCACUUCGCUUAGGGGUGGCUUUGUUCCCAGGUUUCCAAGCCCUGGAUGUAUUUGGUCCCUUGGACUACUUGAACGGUCUCUCAAAAACAGAAAGUCUUACACUGGCUGUCAUCUCCUCGACCUUGGAGCCCGUGUCGACAGCUGUAUCCAAAUUUCCCAACGCAAUCACUCAAAGUGUCGUCCCAACGCAUACAUUUGCAGCUGCACCACCGCUAGAUGUUCUGCUUGUCCCGGGAGGCCUGGGCACACGUGGAGAUAGCCCGCUGAUUGAAGAAGUCAUCACUUUCAUUCAAGAUACCUAUCCGAAACUCAGGUACCUGAUUACCGUCUGUACUGGCGCUGGACUUGCCGCGCGGGCCGGGGUCCUGGAUGGCAAAAAGGCGACUACCAAUAAGAAGGCAUGGUAUGAAACUGUGGCUUUAAGGUCUCAGGUGGAGUGGGUAUCGCAUGCGAGAUGGGUGGCCGAUGGUAACAUUUGGACUUCUUCGGGCGUUAGUGCUGGGAUGGACGCGACACUUGCUUGGAUUGCGGAAGUUUUUGGCGAGAAGACGGCUACGGAUAUUGCCAAUGGAAAUGAGUACACGCGACAGGAAGAUUCUAGUAUAGAUCCUUUUGCCGAUCUAUAUGGCCUGUGA